UUACAGCACAGUCCCAACAGUAACACUAUUGAGGACUGAGAGGGGACACACACAGACACAGAGGCUGGGAUGGAAGACUCUGGGCCUACACUGGCAUCUGGGCCCACUUCUAAUUCUAAUUUACCUAUAAUGGAGGAGUCUAGUGACAAACUGUUCUGCUGCCGCUGGGUAAGACACAGAAUCCCCCUGGCACACAGAGAGGAGUUCUACCACAUUCUCCGCAUGACUGGACCCUUGCUGCUGUCUCGAAUCCUAAACUACCUGCUUCCGUUUGUCAUCACUAUGUUCUGUGGUCGCCUGGGGAAUGCAGUGUUAGCUGGCUAUGGCCUGGCCUGCGCGACUAUUAAUGUUACGACUGCAGCAACAGGAGGUGGACUUGCCUUAGCAUGUGACACUUUGGUAUCUCAGACAUUUGGUGGUAAGAACCUGCAGCGUGUGGGGGUGAUUCUCCAGAGGAGUGUGUUGAUCCUGCUGCUCUUCUGUCUCCCCUGCUGGGCCAUGCUCCUCAACACCCAGUCUAUCCUGCUGGCUCUGGGCCAGGAGCCUGAAGUGGCCAGGAUAGCACAGCUGUAUGUCAUCGCCUACCUACCUGCAGUGCCAGCUAUUUUCCUGCAUCAACUUCAGGCUUCUUAUCUCCAAAACCAGGGGAUAAUACUGCCUCAGAUGUACACAGCAGCAGCGGCCAACAUCGCCAACGUGGUGACAAACUAUAUCCUGCUCUACUGGAUGGACCUGGGAGUUGUAGGGUCGGCAGCAGCUAAUACGCUUUCCCAACUCUACAUAUGUUCCUUCUUAUUUGCUUACAUUUGUUGGAAGAAGCUACAUGUGAAAACAUGGGGAGGCUGGACUACAGAAGCACUGCAGGAGUGGGGCUCUUAUAUGAAACUAGCCAUCCCCAGUACACUGAUGCUGUGUUUCGAAUGGUGGAUCUAUGAGCUUGGGGGGUUCCUUGCAGGCAUGCUGAGUGAAGUGGACCUGGCUGCUCAACACGUAGUCAUAAUGCUGGCUUUCAUCAACUACAUGUUCCACCUGGGGAUCCAGGCUGCAGCAUGUGUUCGUGUGGGGAACGCCCUGGGGGCCGGAGACACAGCUGGGGCCAUCCUCACCAGCAAGGUGUCCCUCGCCCUCUCAGGUUCAAUGGCAGUAAUUCAGGGAAUCAUGCUGAUCUCUACUAAAACAGUAAUCGGCUUCAUGUUUACUUCUGAUGCGCAGAUCAUAGAUCUGGUCUCUCAACUUCUCAACGUGUACUGUGUUCUUCAGUUCUUUGAUGGGCUAGUGUGUGUGUGUAUGGGAAUCAUCCUGGGCACGGGCCAACAGAAGAUAGCAGCGAUGGCUAAUCUCAUCACCUACUACUGCGUGGGCCUUCCACUGGGCAUCUCUUUGAUGUUUGCUGCUGGCCUCAGGGUUGUAGGGUUCUGGUUAGGCCUGUUAAUCUGUGUAAUUCUACAGUCCAGCUUCUUCAUCACUGUCAUCUUCAGGCUCGACUGGAAGAAAAUGACAGAGAAGGCUGUAAAACGAGCUGGAAAGGCUGGACAUAUGGUGUCAAUGAGGAGUAUAGUUGCACCAGACCACACAGAGAACAAUGGGAGGACAGUGAAUGGAUACAUGUCAGUGAGUGCUGAGGGCCAGGGGGACCUCAGGGGAAGCAAUUGGACCCCAGAGGUGCAGAAGGAGGAUGGGAGCCCCAGAGCUCUGCUCUCCACCACCCAGCUGGUCCUGAGGAGAGGUCUCACCGUACUGGCUGCCAUUGUCAUCCUAGCUGUGGGGACCAGUGUCCAUCUUCUACUGCCUCUACCAAUCAGCUCAUGGAGCAAUCUGAGUGUAGACUGGAACAACACUACCUUUACCACUACCUACCCCCCUGAACUCGCCCCGUCAACAGUUCUCAUCUAGGAGUAAUACCUGGGCGACCCAGAACAGACCCUGUAGCAAGACAAUUAAGUCAUAGUGUGCUGUGUCACUGAAUCUGUUAUUACACCAAUAAUUAAACGUGAAUCAGCUUUU